AUGGCGGCAGCGGCAUCAACCAGCCCCGAGCCGCACAGGGACAGUGCUCCCGCCGACCUGAGCAUCGCCCUGGACGUGGCAUGCCCUGCUGGACACCCCCUGCUGGCGAAGGCGGCGAGGGCGGGCACCUGCGACAAGUGCGGCAAGGGCGUUCAGGAGGGGGAGUGCGUCGCGGACUGCCGGCGGUGCGAUUGGUACGCCUGCACCCGUUGCACCAUCGCCUUACGGCGCAGCCCAGCCGCCGCCGGCGACGGGGUUGCGACCCCAAGCGGCUCAUCGCUGGCCUGCCUCUCGGGGCACGCGCUGGCGCCUUGGACUGCCACCAGCAGGGGCGCGUGUGACGGCUGCCAGAGGACAGUCUGGGCAGGCAACCCGCUGAUGGACUGCCGGGAGUGCGAUUGGCACUGUGGCGGAUCUGUGUUCCGGCUGCUCCUUCCAGCGGCAACACGCGCGGGCAGGGCGUGUGUGCUGCCCGCGCGGUCACGAGCUACAGCGCUGGGCCUGCCAGCAGGGGGGCGAGUGCGACUGCUGUGGCGCCACGCUGCCGGCCGGCACGAUGGUCUUGGACUGCAGGCAGUGCGACUGGUACGUGUGCGAGGAGGCGGACGCAGGGUCCUGCUGGAAGGCCGCCCUGUCGGUCGACGGGCGUGA